UUUGGCUUCCUCUUGAAAAUGGCUGCCGUGUUGGACGAAGUUGGUAAAUCUGCCGAGAAAUUAGUAAACGAGGAAAAAGACGUAAUUGUCGAUGAAGAAGAUGAAGCUGGUGCAGUAGAAGCAUCGAAGGAGAAAAAAAAGAAGAAAAAGAAGAAGAAGGCUGGAGCUGGUAAAGCAAGUGCAGAUGUCCCAGAAGGAGAGGAAGACAAAGUAAAAGUUGCUAAUGCUGUAGAUGAAGAAGGUGACGUGGAAGGAACCGAAAAUGAUGCAGAAACUGAAGAUGCUAAGAAGAAAAAGAAAAAACGUAAACCACGUGGGAAAGCUGGUGGUCCAAAGCAACAAACAGAUCCUCCGACUGUUCCAGUGUCGAAAUUGUUUCCAGAUGGAAACUUUCCAGUAGGACAAAUAAUGGAACAUCCUCCUGCUGCAGGAGUAGAUGAAAGAACAGCUAAAAAUCGUUUUUCAAGCGAGGAAGCACGUGCUUUUGAUAGAAUGCAUAAUGAUAUUUAUAACGAAGCGAGGCAAGCAGCUGAAGCUCACAGACAAACAAGAAAGCAUAUUAUGAAAUGGGUAAAAACUGGAAUGACAAUGAUAGAAAUUUGCAACGAGUUAGAAGAUACAGCUAGAAAAUUGAUAGGAGAAGAUGGACUAAAGGCUGGAUUGGCAUUUCCAACUGGCUGUUCCAGAAAUCAUUGCGCGGCUCAUUAUACUCCAAACGCCGGAGAUCCAACCGUUUUGGAGUACAACGAUGUUACUAAGAUAGAUUUUGGUACGCACAUCAACGGUCGAAUCAUCGAUUGUGCAUUUACAUUGAUAUUCAAUCCGAAAUACGACAAACUCGUCGAAGCGGUUCGUGACGCUACAAACACUGGGAUUAAAGCCGCUGGUAUUGACGUUCAACUAUGCGAUGUUGGUGCCGCGAUUCAAGAAGUCAUCGAGUCGUACGAAGUCGAAUUAGAUGGCAAAACUUAUCCGGUAAAAUCCAUAAGAAAUCUCAACGGUCAUUCAAUUGCUCCGUACCGUAUCCAUGCUGGGAAAACCGUACCGAUAGUUAAAGGUGGCGAAGCUACCAGAAUGGAAGAGAAUGAAUUUUAUGCAAUCGAGACUUUUGGAUCUACUGGAAGGGGAAUCGUUCACGAUGAUUUAGACUGUUCUCAUUACAUGAAAAGUUUCGAUGCCGGUUUCGUCCCGUUAAGAUUACAAAGUAGUAAAUCCCUACUUAACGUUAUCAACAAGCAUUUCGGUACUUUGGCAUUUUGCAAACGAUGGUUAGAUCGUGUAGGUUGCACGAAAUAUCAAAUGGCUUUGAAGGAUUUAUGCGAUAAAGGUGCAGUAGAGGCGUACCCACCUUUAGUCGACGUCAAGGGAUGUUACACUGCUCAAUUCGAGCAUACUCUCGUUCUACGUCCAACAUGUAAAGAAGUUAUUUCUCGCGGAGAUGACUACUAAAAUGACUACUGUUCUUGAAUCGCGUUACAUGUAUUCGUUAUAUCCUCUAUCUGAAAAUGUACAAGCUGAUUUAUGCAAAAU